AUGGCACAGGCAAAGGAUCAGCAAUUUGGGCAAUCCCAAGGCACUAAUUCUGCCCUCCAAAGGCUGGACACAUUGGCCAGUCGUUUUUUUUGCAAAUAUCUGAAGGUAAACCAAGAGAAGGCACAGGAGAGCGAAGGGCCGCAUGUUUCCGAUUACACUGCCGUUUGGGAUGGGACAAUGAAAGAAUUCUUAGCAAAAGCCAAAGAGGAUUUCUUGAGAAAGUGGGAAUGUCCACCACAGAGCACAACUUGUCUCGAUGACUUCGAGCGACUGAAAACUCUUGGCACAGGUUCAUUUGGGAGAGUUAUGUUAGUGAAACAUAAAGGAACAGAGCAAUACUACGCAAUGAAGAUCCUCGACAAACAGAAGGUAGUGAAGCUGAAACAGAUUGAACAUACGUUAAAUGAGAAGAGAAUAUUGCAGGCUGUGUCCUUCCCCUUCCUUGUCAGAUUGGAGUAUGCCUUCAAGGACAAUUCAAACUUGUACAUGGUUAUGGAGUACGUUCCAGGCGGGGAAAUGUUCUCACACCUCAGACGAAUCGGAAGGUUCAGUGAACACCAUGCAAGAUUCUACGCAGCUCAGAUAGUGCUCACGUUCGAGUACCUGCACUUUCUAGACCUCAUCUACAGAGACCUGAAACCAGAAAACCUUCUCAUUGAUCAGCAUGGGUACAUCCAGGUGACAGACUUUGGCUUCGCUAAGAGAGUAAAAGGUCGAACUUGGACAUUGUGUGGCACACCGGAAUACCUGGCUCCGGAGAUCAUUCUCAGCAAGGGCUACAACAAAGCUGUUGAUUGGUGGGCCCUUGGAGUCCUGAUCUACGAGAUGGCGGCUGGGUACCCUCCAUUCUUCGCAGACCAGCCCAUACAGAUCUAUGAGAAGAUUGUGUCUGGCAAGGUACGAUUCCCCUCCCACUUCAGUUCAGACUUGAAGGACCUGCUGAGGAAUCUGCUUCAGGUCGACCUAACAAAGCGCUUUGGCAAUCUGAAAAACGGGGUAAAUGACAUCAAGAACCACAAGUGGUUUGCUACAACAGACUGGAUCGCUAUCUAUGAGAGAAAGGUCGAGGCCCCCAUCAUACCAAAGUGUAAAGGACCAGGGGACACAAGCAACUUCGACGACUACGAAGAAGAGGAAAUCCGUGUGUCAGAUACUGAAAAAUGCGCUAAGGAGUUUAUGGAGUUUUAGUGUGAGAAAGGGUUGAUUUAAGGCUCAUUACGUUCUAGGGAACUUUGCACUCCUCCUUCGAAGGCGAGAGCGGGGCCGUGACCGUCAUACGUGUUAAAACCAAUCCCCUUUGUCCCUUCAUUCCACAAGACUGAAAGAGAUCUUUUGAGUGCCAUGACGCUUGUGUGCAGUUAGCACUGACCCCACACACAGGCACAUAAUGCAGCCACUCUUUUGGUCUGUCACACAAAGAGUUCUAGACCACAUAUCUUUGUCUUUUUUGCUGUUAUGUUUUUAUCUCCUUCCCACCUCCAUCCUUAUUGAACAAAUCAAAUAUUUAUGAAAAGGGAAGAGAGGCCA